AUGGCGGCCGCCAGCAGCGCAGCGUCGAGCGCCGGCGCCGACAGAGGCCAGACCACGCCCACACGCCUCUCGAGCCUCCCCCACGAGGUCCUAGCAGCCAUCAUGCUGCGCGCCGAGUGCCCCCAGGCCCUCGUCUUGUGCUGCAAGGAUGCGUCAAACGCCUGGCCCCUCGCGCGCGACGCAUGGGCUCGCGGACGAGCAUUCAAGCGCGCGUGCGCCGCCAACGACGCCGGGGCCGCCGCCGCGCUGCUGGCGCUCGGCUGGCCGGGCGCGGGCGCCGCCGCGGCCGCCGCGCUCGCGCGGCUCGCGCGGCUGGGGGGCGGCGCGCUCUUCUCGGCCGUGCUCGCGUGGGCCGCCGAGGCGCAACCCGCGCUGCUCGCGCCGCCUUCGGGCGCCAAUGGGCCGCUCAUCGUCGCGGCAGCCGCGGGGCGGCGCGGCGUCUGCCAGGCUGUCGCGCUCGCUCUGGACGGGCUGCUGCCAUCUGCCGCCGCCUGUGGCGCUACGGCAGCAGCGGCCGCCGACUCCGCGUCUGGGGGAGUGGAGCGCCGCCAGGUGCAGGCGCAGCUGGACGGCGCGCUGUGCGUUGCCGCCGCCGGCGGGCACACGGCGAUUAUGACUGACCUCCUCGCCCGCGGCGCGCGCAUCAGCGGCGCCGGCGCCGGCGCGCCCGGCGCCCUGCACGCCGCCGUGACCCACCGUCAGGCGGCGGCGGUCGCGCUGCUCGCCACACAGCGGCCGGCCGAUGGCGGGCCAACACCCGAGCAGGCGGCGGCGGCGGCCGAGCUCGCGGCAGCGGCCGGGCACGCAUGCUGCCUAGCUGCGCUCGCGGACAGCGGCCUGCUCGGGGCCCCCGCACUCCGCACCGCGCUGCUGGCCGCUGCGCGCGCGGAGCAGCGCGAUUGCGCGGCGGUCACGCUUGCGGCUUUGCGGCGCUCGGCCGCGGCUGCGACCGCGGUCGCGGCCGCGCGCCUGGCGUCGCCGCAGCAGUGGCCGCCGGAAGCUGCGGCGCUGCGUGCCGCGGCUGCGGAUGGGUCGGGCGACGGGGAUGUGUUUGUGACAGUCACCAUCAUACGGCCCAGCAGCUGCAGCGGGGCGGGCCGGCAGCAGCAGAAACAGCAGCCGUUGCAGCAUCAGCCGCAGGGCGCGGCCGCCCCCUCCAUUGCCGGCCGCGUGGCGGGGCAGCUGCCGCCGGCGCGGGGCUCCCCCGGCCGCGGCGGCGCGGCGUCCAUCCUCAGGGCCGCGCUCGCGGAUUCCCUCGCGGUCGUCGCGCCGGGCGGCAAGACCGCCGCCCUCCUUCGGCUGGAGGUCGCCGCAGCCGGGUUUGCAGACGGCACCAGGGCCAGGGGUGCCGCCGUCGCCGCUGAGGCGUGCGAUCGCGCAGCGAACACGCGCGAACCAACAGGUGGCUGGUUCUACAGGCUCAUCGCGUCCGCCCUGAAUUGA